AUGGAAGCGGUGAGUGUUUUCCUGAGGUUUGAAGUUGUAAAUCAAAUUGAACACAUUGCAGAGCACCUCGAAAACUGGUAUAAUGGUCUAUGAAAUCGCCACAGAGCGAUCAGGAGUAGGAAAAUCGAAUUUCGAUAUUCCCGAUAGUUUGCUAGGCCAAAUUGUAACAUCCUUGGAUCCAUGUGCGAUUAAUGAUUUGCUGUAUGCUAAUAUCGAUUGGAAAAUCGUAGAAAAUCACCUGCAAAUCAAGAAAAACAUUUCGAAGAUUGAGAUCUCUGCCACAUCAAUUUUUGAAGGCGAAGAAAAUGAUAACACAUCAGAAGGAAGUCGCUCAAACUUUGGAACACCGUUGUAUUUCUCGAAUAAGUAUUUGGCUAAGAAAAGUACACCAUAUCGAAAAUCGCCGCAUGAAGAAAUCAUCGAUAUAAAUAAAUUCGAUCAAAUACAUAGACAGUUUUAAUGCGAAAGAGAAAGAAAAAUCAAUUGAAGAGUUAGUAGAUCUUGUAAGAUCUAUCAGAAAAUGUAUGCUGACGAAAGUUUUUUUUUCAAAACGAUCUGUCAAUUUUCAGACAAACAUCCCGCCUUAUCAACAUCUAGCGUCUCCUGGAUAAACCCUGAAAACACCUCAAAAAUCUCGCAACAAAUCGUCAUUUAUUUACCUGGGAUUCUAUCGAGUGAUAUACAUGUUCAUGGAUUUCUUUUUGAAAAUGGUCCCGAAAUUCUGAAGGCGAUUCUGCCAGAUUUUCCGAGAUGCGAUUUUCGAUUUUGAAAAGUUUUGGGCACGGAAAGAUCAUUUGUCGAGGAAUGAAAUGCGUAUGGAAGUUAUUAAAAAUGUACGCAUUUUGACAUAUAUGUAGACAAAAAUCUCAUCCUCUCUCCCCAAUUCAAUUAUUUUCAGAUCUUGCAAAGCGAUUCAAGCCUGACUGAAAUUAUCAUCGAAAAGCUCUCCAAAAACCGUUUCGAUACAAAUUUUGUCUGUCGAGUUUCUGUAAAUCACCUAGAAGAUGUGGAUUUUAUCAAAUUUUUAGAGCCUCUUCUCACCGAUCGUCAAAGCUUCUCAGUUCUCGUAACUCGAAAGCUUUUUGUGAGUUUUCUUCUGAGAUUUCUGGCGUCUAUUUUUAAUUUUCGUUUUCGUGGUUUCCGGGGCCAAUUUUUGAUCUACCUCAGACUUGUUUUCACUGGGGCGCACUUGCAGUUUUCCUUGAAAAUUUGAAUAAUUUUCAACGUGACCUGUGACGUGGCAAUCCGACUCAUUUCUGAUUAAUAAAUGUCUUUUUCAAACUUGACCUUCAAGAUUUCAGACGUGGAAAUGUUUAUUUUACACAAAAAAUCUUUUCUCAUUUAACCCCAAUUAAAAAUGUUUUUGAGAAAAUCCAUAUUUUCUUUGCAGCAGUCUAACCGAUUUGGACGAUUUACUAGUUGCCGAUUCGGAAGACGUGCUCUCGCCAACUUCUAUACCGACAUCGUCGACUUUUAA